UACAAGAGGGAGACUCUGAAGACAACGAAGUAUGUGGAGCUUGUUAUUGUGGCAGAUAAUCGAGAGUUUCAGAGACAAGGCAAGGAUGUGGAAAAAAUUAAGCAGAGGCUGAUAGAAAUUGCAAACUAUGUUGAUAAGUUCUAUAGGCCACUAAAUAUUCGUGUAGCCCUGGUCGGAGUGGAAGUAUGGAAUGACAUGGAUAAGUGCUCUAUUUCUCAAGACCCUUUCACCAGCCUCCAUGAGUUUCUGGACUGGAGAAAGCUAAAACUACUACCUCGUAAACCCCACGACAAUGCACAGCUGAUAAGCGGGGUGUACUUCCAAGGGACUACCAUUGGCAUGGCGCCCAUAAUGAGCAUGUGCACUGCAGAGCAGUCUGGAGGGGUUGUCAUGGAUCACUCAGAAAACCCUCUAGGUGCAGCAGUCACCCUGGCUCAUGAGCUGGGCCACAAUUUUGGAAUGAAUCACGAUACAUUGGAGAGGGGCUGUAACUGCAAAGCAUCUACCGAUAAAGGGGGUUGCAUCAUGAACCCCUCCACUGGCUAUCCAUUUCCCAUGGUAUUCAGUAGCUGCAGUAGAAAGGACCUGGAAAACAGCCUGGAAAAAGGAGUGGGAAUGUGUCUGUUUAACUUGCCUGAAGUCAAGGAGUCCUUUGGUGGACAGAAGUGUGGGAAUGGCUAUGUGGAAGACGGAGAGGAGUGCGACUGCGGGGAACCUGAUGAAUGUACAAACCGGUGCUGCAAUGCAACUACCUGUACUUUGAAACCGGGAGCAGUGUGUGCACACGGACUUUGCUGCGAAGACUGCAAGUUAAAACCGGCGGGGAUUUCUUGCAGAGAGUCAAGUAAUUCCUGUGAUCUGCCAGAGUUUUGCACAGGAGCCAGCCCUCACUGCCCAGCUAACGUGUACCUGCACGACGGGCACGCGUGCCACGGGGUGGACGGCUACUGCUACAACGGCAUAUGCCAGACCCACGAGCAGCAGUGUAUCACCCUCUGGGGCCAAGGUGCGAAACCUGCUCCCGGGAUCUGCUUUGAGAGAGUCAAUUCUGCAGGUGAUCCUUAUGGCAACUGUGGCAAAGACUCCAAGAGCUCCUUUGCCAAAUGUGAACCCAGAGAUGCUAAAUGUGGAAAAAUUCAGUGUCAAGGGGGAGCAAAUCGACCUGUAAUUGGUACCAAUGCUGUUUCCAUAGAAACUAAUAUCCCGCUUCAGGAAGGUGGCAAGAUUCUGUGUCGUGGUACCCACGUGUAUUUGGGUGAUGAUAUGCCCGAUCCUGGUCUUGUGCUGUCAGGAACCAAGUGUGAAGAUGGAAAAAUUUGCCUUAAUCGCCGGUGCCAGAAUACGAGUGUUUUUGGUGUACAUAAAUGUGCAACAAAGUGCCAUGGACGUGGAGUCUGUAACAACAAAAAGAACUGUCACUGCGAGGCUGACUGGGCCCCCCCCUACUGCGACAAGCCAGGGUUUGGUGGCAGCAUGGACAGCGGACCAAUUAGGCAAGCAGACAAUAAGAGUUUAACCAUAGGAGUGUUGAUAACCAUUCUGUGCCUUAUCUUUGCUGGAUCGAUCAUGUAUCUGAAAAGGAAGACUUUCAUGAGGUGGUUGUUUACAAGUAAAAAGACAACAAUAGAGAAACUAAGGUCUGUGAGUCCAGCAAGACCUUCCAGUUCAUCUGAUCCUAAUCAUGUUCACACCACAUCUCUCAGUAAAAAUCUCAUCAUGAAGCCACAAAAUACAAACAUGCAAAAAAGAGAUGGUCCAAGAAGGCCACUGCCAUAUCAGAUCAUUGACAUUAGUAACCCUGUGAAGACACACAAUUUGCCGCAAUUAAAAACACCGCAGCGAGUCCUUCCACCCCUUCCCCAACUGCCAUGUCAUCAUGCCGUGCCUGAAAGACCCUUGCCAGCUAACCCUUCGCUGAGGUUCGCCCAGGAAAACCACAAACCCAACCCUCCUCAGAAGCCUCUACCAGCAGACCCUCUGACCAAAGCGCGCUAUAACAGUGCAUGCCCAGCAGUGCCUGGACACACAAAAGCUCUGCCUCACGUUACUCCCGUAAGGCCUGCUCCUAAGCAUCCACCGCAGGUAUCCAGGUCCAGCAACACUGCUGAUGUGAAAUGACUAGAAAAUCCAACACCUUUGUUUUAAAAAGUGAAGACAGAAGUUUGCACUAUCUUUAAACUCCAGCUGGAGUUCAUUUUUAUGACAAUACUUAGAAUUUUUAAUGUUUAAAACAGCAUUAUUUUUAAGAAUUCUGAGCUACUGCCUUUGGUGCUGUGCUGUGCUAUGGUGCUCUGUACACUUGCUCAGGUACUUGUAAAUUAUUAAUUUAUGUUGAAUAUUUAUUACAGUGCAGUGCACUGUAGUAGAUAUUUUUACCAUAGCUGAGUUUUCCUAAAAAGGAAGCCUUUUUUGUAAUAUUUCAUUGAACUUGAAUAAUUCUGCUCUAUUGGUCCUAUGUAGAGUGUUUAGUUUUGAUCUAUUCUGUAAGGAGUGCUGAUACUCAUGGAUAAAUCAAAUGCAUAAACAACUCAAUCUCAAUGGUUCAUAACAAACUUUUGAAUAAAUAUGUCAGGGUAAAAAAACCUCUUCUAGAACAUGGUGAAAUGCCCGAUAUCUGCACGCAGAUGUGUAACAUAUGUAUUUAACCAAAGUAUCACUCAGCGUUAGCAGUUGUACUGUAAUUUCAGUUUUCACAUUACUG